GCAGCAUUGCUAAGGACUCUAAAUUAUUAAACUAAAAUAAAUAAGUGAUGAUAAGUAUUUAUUCGUAUGAGAUACUUAAACUAAAUUAGUAAAGGUAAAAUAUAUAUAAUUUAUACAUAUUUUUAGAUGCAUGUCCAUAAUAAGCGGGCUACCCUAUAUUCAAGAUUAUUUAUUAUUUUCUUCCUUUUUCUAUAUUGACAAAACUGAUCCCUUUAAAAAAAGAUUUCUAUUUUUCUAGCUUUUAAUUUUGAUAACCCAUACUAAACCCCUUCCAUCCAUCUAUAAUCAACCUCUUUUUGGAUUUUUAAAUUUUAUUUGGAGACACAGAAUUUCAUUUUAUUACAUCCAUGUAUAAGAAUAUUCUGUUGGUAAAUUAUACCUCAGAAAUAGAGUAAAAUUGAAUUUUGAAAAUCAAAUACUUUUAGCGCAACGACAAAGGUGACUCAAGAUUGCUUUGAUAUCAUCAAUGGCAUAGUAACAUGAUCCAAAUGGGAUUCACCAAAAUCUUUCAUCAGAAAUCAUAUUGUAUUUCCCAAAUAAGGUCUGAAUCCCAACUGCAAUACUUUUGUCUUUAUUCUUUUUUCCAUUGAAUCUCCCUGUUGAAAUUUCAGACAUCACCGCAAGAUGAGGCUAACCAUAUUAGGCAUAAUAAUGUUGAUGGUUUUGUUCAUGACAAGUGGUGUUAAUAGCUUUGUGGGCAUCACAUGGGGCAGGAUGCAAACACAACAAUUGAAUCCAGCAAUGGUUGUUGAUUUACUUUUACAAAAUAAGAUUCCAUCAUUGAGAUUAAUGACUUCAGGAUAUGAUAUCAUUGAAGUAUUUGCAGCCACUAAUAUUAGCAUUAGUGUUACUAUGGGAAAUAGUUUCAUGUAUCCAGCAAAGAGAAAAGACCUUGCAUAUAAUUGGGUAAAUGAACGUAUCAAGAGUCCUAUCAACAAAGGUGUGAAUAUAGUGGAACUAACGAUUGGGUCUGAACCAUUUUCGAAUACGUUCUUGAAAAAAGUGUCAAACUAUGAAGUGGUGAACGUGUUAAAACUCAUGCGAGAAAGUCUCGAUGCGAUGGAUUUAGGGUAUGUUAAAACAACGACCGCCCAUGGCAUGGACGUCUUAAAGGUUUCAAAAUUUCCAUCAGAGGCCGAUUUUCGCGAUGACAUUAAAAAAGAAAUGCUUGAAUCCUUAGCCGAGUUCAAUCGGACCGGAGCCCCAUUUGUUCUCAUCCUGUUCCCCAUCCAUUUUGUUAAAGAAAUACUGAAAUACCCCAUGGAAUUCGCCUUCUUUGACAACAAUAGUGGGUUCACAAUAGAAGAUGGUAAUGUUACAUACACAAACGCGGUGGAGUUAAUGAUAGAUUUCGUUGCAUGGGCAAUAAAGAAAGCGGGAUAUCCCAAUAUGAAAAUUAGGAUUGCUCAAAUUGGAUGGCCUACGGAUGGAUAUUUACAUGCCAAUGUUCAAAAUGCAGAAAGAUUUCACAGGGAGUUAUUGAAAUUUAUAGUAUCACAAAAAGGGACACCACUUAAACCAGGGCCUAUGGACAUAUAUUUGCAUAGCUUGUGUGAUGAGAAUAAUUUUGCUACAAUGUUUGGUACAUUUCAAAGACAUUGGGGUAUUUAUAGGGCAGAUGGCCAUCCAAAGUACAAGAUUGAUUUCUCAUUACAGGGCCACGACAAGUAUCCUACGCAGGCUAAGGGCAUAGUGAAAAUGCCAAAUCGAUGGUGCAUUUACAAUGGGGACAAAUCAAACCUGGAGUUGGUGCAUAAGAAUUAUGAGUUAGCAUGCCAAGCUGCAGAUUGUACAAGAUUGGAACAAGGAGGUUCAUGUGAUGGACUUAAUUUUGAUUCCAAUAUGUCAUAUGCUUGGAAUGCAUUUUUCCAAAAGAACAAACAACAAGUAAAAGCUUGUGAUUUUGAUGGUUUGGGUAGAAUUGUAGCAACAAAUCCCUCUGAGAAAAAUUGUGAGUUUCCCAUUGAGAUAUUAUCAUACCAAGAUCAAACAGUUCAAAAUGGUAUGAAAUUAAGAAUUUGAAGAACCAAUAAUAGAAAAGGAAUUGUAUUUCUUUUGUGUUUCAGAAUCCAUGUUGUUAAUGUAAGGUACGGUAAGGUUUGGUCUAGCCCCCUUUGCUUAUACUUAUCCCUAUUGAGGAUUUUAUUUUUGUUUUAAUAAAAAACUGCUAGACACUCUCUCUCAGUCUAGCGAUAAAAGUUCGCUUAAAAAAACAUGUUGUCAAUGUAAACCGUCAUAUUAUCUUUACUUAUUUUAU